CCCACAUCCGGCGAGGACAGUCUACAAUCACCGCAAUUUGGUUGUAUAAUAUCACAAGCUUUCUGCGCAGAGACCAAACAGUCACCUCCAACAUUCUGGACCACAUCUUGUCCAACCACUCCACUCUUCGUACACCCAACCGAAAUCAUGUCGGCAAACAAUAGCAAGCGCAGUGUGCUCAUUACAGGCUGCUCGGACGGCGGUCUCGGUGCGGCGCUCGCUAUUGCUUUCCACGAAGCUGGUUGCCACGUCUACGCCACUGCCCGCAAUGCUUCUAAGAUGGCGAACCUGAAGGCCCUCGGUAUUGAGACAAAAGAACUGGACGUACUAUCCGAAUCGUCGAUUGCAAAAUGUGUCAGUGAGGUCCCAAAUCUCGAUAUACUAGUCAACAAUGCCGGUCUGCAGAUGACAAUGACGGCAUCCGACACAUCCAUACCCCAAGCCAAGGAGAUCUUUGACGUCAACGUCUGGGCGAUGAUUUCAAUGUCACAAGCCUUCUUGCCCCUCCUUGUCAGAUCGAAAGGCGUUCUCGCAAACCAUACAUCGAUAUCCUCGGUGGUUGCCAUGCCACUUGGUUCGGCAUAUGGAGCAUCCAAGGCUGCUGCCGCACAUUUCACGGCCGUCAUGCGGAUCGAGCUGAAGCCUUUCGGAGUCAAGGUCGUGGACCUGAAGACAGGGGUGACAGGACCGACCAAUUUCAUCAGUAACAACACAACUUUGAAUCGGCCUGGGUCAGUAGAAUUGUUGCCCAAAGACACAAUAUACAAUCCGGCGAGGGAGCUGGUGGAGACACUCAUACGCCAGGAGGGAUUCAAAGACAAGGAAUCUGGACAGACAGGCAUGGUACCAGCGGAGUGGGCGAUGCUUGUGGUGCAGGACUUGUUGAAGACCAACCCGCCGUACGUUGUCUGGCAUGGCCAGUAUACCAUACUUGGAAAGCUAGAAUCGUGGUUGCCGAUUGGUUGGAUGAACUGGGUGGUGAGGAAGGCGGCAAAAUGGAAUGAGGUUGAAGCAAUUUUGAAUAAGAAUUCAGAUCAAAAGCAUUGAUAACGACUACGAUUGUCGAUUGGAAAUAGAAGUAAGGCCUAGACAACGCUAUCACGCCUGCUAUGUGAAUCUAUUUACUGUAUAUCCGCCCUUAUCGCUAGGCAAGCGUCUUGCUCGUAAAAUAGAGGGUCCGGUUCACUUCCACCAAGCCUCGCCAUUCGAGGGUAUAAAAACACAGGCGUUGUCUAAAAGAGCCGAAAUGCGACCCACGCGUUUCCAAGAGCUCUUGUCCAUCGAUUUGGCUGGUAAUUCGUUAAGUUGCGACCCACGGAUUGUGCCGCGUCCUCGAGCAAAAUUCCCAGCGCUUGCAUGAAGAAAACCCUCAGAGUGCUGCUCUCGUUCUAAC